AUGUUCUGGUUUUGUGGAUCCCGCCAAAAAGCCCAACGGAGGCAACAGAUCGAAGGUGUGUCGCCCCCCAACGCGUCAAGAAACAGAGGUUUUAACCACCCAACAGACAAAGCGGACAGUAUAGAGCAACAGGCAUCAUGGAAUGCGCCAGAUAACUCACUCAUCUUUCAAACAUUUGAAUGGCAUGUUCCGGCCGACCGGUCGCAUUGGCGCCGGCUGCGCGACGCGUUACCGGGCUACAAAGCCUUAGGCAUUGAUCAGAUCUGGAUCCCGCCUGGGUGUAAAGGAAUGGAUGUUAAUGGCAAUGGCUAUGAUAUCUAUGACUUAUAUGAUCUGGGGGAGUUUGAUCAGAAGGGGGCUGUCCCGACCAAAUGGGGUACUAAGCAGGAACUCGAAGAUCUGAUGCUUCAGGCAGAGAUUUUGGAGAUUCGAGUGAUUUGGGAUGCGGUCUUGAAUCAUAAAGCUGGUGCUGAUUAUCAUGAGCCUUUUUUGGCUGUCAAGGUUGAUCCUAAGAGGAGAGAUAUCGAGGUAGAGGAGCCUGUUGAAGUCAAUGGCUGGACAGGCUUUGAAUUCUCCGGACGUGGGGACCAGUACAGCUCGAUGAAGUAUCACUGGCAACACUUCAGCGGGAUCGACUGGGACGAUAAGAGCAAGCAAAACGCAAUCUACAAGAUCGUCGCACCCAACAAAGACUGGGCACAAGAUGUCUCCACAGAGAACGGGAACUAUGAUUAUCUGAUGUUCGCCGAUCUCGACCUGACACACCCGGAAGUCCGCGCGGAUCUCCUGCAAUGGGGAACCUGGGUCACCAAAGCAUUGAGCCUCAAUGGCAUGCGGCUGGAUGCAGCCAAACACUUCUCCACGGAGUUCCAGAAAGCCUUCGUGCAACAUGUUCGCAAAACAGCCAAUCCGGACUUCUUCGCUAUAGGCGAGUACUGGACAGGCCAUUUACCAUCUUUAAUUGGCUACCUUGAGAAAGUCGACUACAACCUGACAGCAUACGAUGUCCCCUUGGUCGAGAGUUUUUCCCGGAUCUCACACGCGAAGGGGUCUGACCUUCGCGUUAUCCUGAAAAACACCUUGGUAAAUUGCCGGCCAGACCACGCAGUGACCAUUGUCUCGAACCACGAUACGCAAGCAGGACAGAUGCUCGAAGUAAGUUCUCCAGAUCCCCCACAAGAAAAAACCCAACUAAUCAAACCACAGACCCCGGUCGCCCCAUCUUUCAAACUGCUAGCAUACGCCCUGAUCCUCCUCCGCAAAGGGGGCCACCCAUGUGUCUUCUACGGAGACCUGUAUGGAAUACGAGCUAAUGUGGAGAACCCAAUGACACCAAGUUGCGACGGACUCCUCCCCAUCCUGAUGCAGGCCCGCAAACUGUACGCGAACGGUGAACAGCAAGAUUACUUCGACCAACCAAACUGCAUAGGAUUCGUCCGUUACGGGAACGCCCGUCACCUCUCCGGAUUGGCUUGCGUUAUCAGUAAUUCUGGUUCGGCUGUGCAACGGAUGUAUGUUGGUCGACGCCACGCUUACGAGGAGUGGAUCGAUCUCUUGCAUCCUGAUAUGAAGGCUGUCGUUAUUGACAAAAAGGGAUACGGAGGGUUCGCAGUGAAAGCGAUGAGUGCUAGCGUGUGGGUUGAAUCUGCAGCUGUGAACCGGGAGACGAUUAUCCGGGAUUUCGAUGUCAACAUUUACAAAACUUAA